AUGCGUCUCCUCGCUCCUUUUCUACUGCUUUCUCUGGCGCUUUCGGGUGAAUGUGCCGUCACCGCGGUGAGCAACAACUGAACAACGUUUCGAAUUCGUCAAUGUUCAGAACUUUAUCAGUGAUCCCAGGUCAAUGUUCCCGAAAGUUAUGAGAACGAAGAACGCGUUCCACUUCCUGCACUUCUUCAUGGGAACGUUCAAGCAAAUGUUCAGAAGUAAAAUGGAAAUUAUCGAUCAUUUCAACUACUAUGAUGACCAUGUGAAGGGAUUCAUGUGUUACACGGAUAAGGCGCUCGAUUAUGGUGGGUGAGCAGACGGAAAAUGAGCCAGUGAAGUCGUUUCAGCUCAAUUGAAAGCCUACUUCGAAAGAUACGCGGCGACCCAUUCGAAUCCGAAGAUCUCAAUCGCCUUUGCAGUGAUCACAGAAGACGGGCUGAAUAUGACUGUGGAUUUUGAUGUGAGAACGAGCACCUGGUUCGGACUGGAAGACCAAUUUCUUUUAGUGAUCAACGCUUACAAUGUGAUUCGAGAAUCCAUUGUAUCCAUAAGAAUGCGCUCUUUCAGGACACGACAGUCGGAUGGGGAGUACGUUCGCUGAGCAUGGAGUUCGAUUGUUAA